GAAUGGACUGCUGAGUGGAACCUUUCAUCCUAUCGCUUCUUAUAACAGGGGGAUUGAAGCCAAAGGCAGUCAGUCAUAAUGUCAGAGGAAAUGGCGGACGGUGGGAGAAGGCUCGUGACGCUCGACGACCUUAUAGAUGCCUUGGAUAAGCGCGAGAAAGCGUCGAGCAAUGUCCCGAAGGUCGAGACAUUCCAUUUCAAGGGGGAUCGGGUGUCAGACUGUCUAGACCUGGUUGAGCAGGCACUGGCAGGAUUGACGAACGAAGUAAGGUUUCAACGGAUUAUGAGAUACGUCCUUCAUAGCCACCACCAGGAGGUAGGCAAGGUUGUGGACGCCGCCAAUGGUAGUUGGGCGAGGUUCGGGGACCUGAUGCGGAGGAAGUACAGUCUGGGAGAUGGGUUGCUGACCAUGGCGGAUUUGGAGGCAAUGAAUAAGGAGGAUUUCUCCACGAUCGGGGCCUUCGUACACGAGUUUAAGAAGAAGGCAAGGAAGGUGCACGGGAUGUCAGAGGAGGCACAGUGUGCCAUCUUCCUGGGGUCGCUCAUAGGCUCGGAGGCCUCAGAAUUGACAAGCCACGGGGGAGGAAGUGAGAAGCUCACUUGGGCCACUAUCGACAAGGGAGUGGAAGAGGGGAGUCUGGAUCAGGUGGAGGAGCACCAGGUACGGUUGCAAAGACGUAAGAGGAAGGAGAGAGAUGUCAGCGCGUCUGGGACACCGAGGGUAAAGAAGAUUGUCACGGAUGUACUGGCGGCAUUGGGGUACGACGAUGAGGCCGAGGUGCGGAAGAAAGGGGUGAUCGUGGCCCAAGGUCGGGCAUCAGGAGCGAUGGAUGGGGAGGCGGGGCACGAGGACUAUGGCAGAGAAGAGACAGGCUCCCAGAUCCUGACUAAGGCCGAGAGGAAACAACGCAACUUACUAACGGGAGGCCAGGGAUCAGGAAAAGGGCAAGCCCCGCAAGCUGUUGCUGCCCCGCCACCUACCACCGCGACGGCGCCGGCGUCAGCAGGACCAUCACAUGUGGGGCCGCCCCAAGAGCCCAGUCAGGCACCCAAUCAGGCACCUCCUCGAAAGGAGCCUGAGCCAGGACGUAGAAAGGAGGUGGUGGAGAUCCCGGAGGAAGAGGAAGAGGAUGACGAUGAAGAGGAUGAGAGGCUCCGACAAGAGGAGGAUCAGCGGGCGGAGCUGAGGGCUAAAAAGAGAGGAGCCCGGCAGGAGGCCGAGCCAAGCCUGCCUGACAGCGUGCCUAAGAGGAAGAAGUACGCGGUCCGGAUGGAAGAAGGUUUUGAUGUGGAGCGGAUGGUGGACAAGCUCCUGGAAGGCCACAAUGACUUGAUGAACUUGAAGGAUAUCUUGGCGUCGGCGCCAAGGCUCCGUGCACGACGGGACGAUGAUCCUACUCCUACGCGAUCAGCGUGCGGGAACUACGAAGUUAUCACCUACCGAAACACGGGGCCGGGGAGCGGAAGAAACAGGCCUAAUCUCGGCUCGUUCACCUUUGAGGAAUCGGAGAACGAGCGAAGACGGCUUUGGGAAGUGCUCGAGGAGGAGGAUAAGGCUGAGGUGCUGACACUAAGCCUCACAGAUAUGAACAAGGCCAUGGAGGUGGUGUCGGCUCACGACAUGGCGGACCCGGAGGCCAUUAAGGCAUUGAGGGAGAAGGUUCUGGAGAACCCUCAAGUGGGGGAGGUGGAGUUGGUGAGGCUCAUCUUGAGGGUGGACCCUACUACACUGGUAUGUUCCCUGAAGAAUUAUACUUCAUCUGACCCAACCGUCGCAAGAUGGUUGACCUACAUUUUGAUGUUUAAUUUCGAGUUGGAAAGGAUCCCAAGGAACAAGAACAGGGCAGAUGGGUUAAGCCGCAUCAACUGGGACGGAUCGGACGAGGAAUCGAUAGAAGACACCCCGCCAGUUGAUGGGUUUUUGGAUCAAGAAGAGGACAUCCGUCUGCACAUAAAUGAAUGGUCCCUGCGAGUGCCCAGUUGCGUCAGUCACCCCAUACGGCAAGCACCAAAGGGGUACGAGCAGAAUGAAGAGUUAAUCCUCAAGCCCUUUCAGGAGGAGGAUCCAUGGGGAAGCAAGGAUUUCCUUUGGAUGAUGAAGUUGGCUUUGGCUGGUACACACAGCCUGGUGGAGGAAGUGAGGACGAUAGAGGAAGGCCCCACUCAAGUAGAGGAGCAUGAGCAGCUAAUGGGAGGGAUGUACCUGCUCACCAAUACGCUCCUGCAAAGAGACUUCGACCGGAAGGGCACGUUCAGUCAUGAGGAAGAUGAGAUUCUAGUUCCUGUAAGUCAGGACGAUGAAUUCAAGGAAGGAGAAAUCAAGGAGGCGUUUCGGGCGGAGGAGUACGAUGGGAUCUACCGGGAAUUGGGGUUGCUCCUAUCAUGUGAAAUGAGGGAUAGAGAUGCAAGUGUCAAGGCACAGAAGAUGAGGCACCUCUAUGUGGUAAGAGACGACCACCUGUUUAUAAAGCGGCAGAUCGGGAACCCCAAGAGGAUAGUAUGUGGGAGGAACCGGCAAAUUGAUAUCAUAGCAGCCCUACACGAUGGUAUAACAAGGGGGCACAAAGGAAUAAGUGCCACAUGUGUGAAGAUAAGCGAGCUCUACCAUUGGGAUGGGAUGCUGACGAUGGUUAUCAAAUACUGCCGGUCCUGUAUACCUUGCCAAGAAAGGUCAGGGCAGAGGCCGGGAGAACCCCUGCACCCAAGGUUGGAAAGGGAGGUGGGUGCGGUCGUACACCUGGACCUGUUAUUCAUGCCAGCGAGGGAGAAUGGGUGUAACUAUAUCUUCGAUGCACGAGAUAACCUUAUUGGGUUUGUGGACGGUCGAGCUAUUCGGACGAAGACUGGCCCAGUUCUGGCGAAUUGCAUCGAAGAGUAUUACCUGCGCUAUCCUUUUGUCAAGGAGUUCGUGAUGGAUCGAGGGUCGGAGUUUACUUGCAAUGAAGUGCGAACCUUGCUUGCAGGGUAUGGGGUAGUGGCCAACUAUACUACGGCCGCGCACCCUCAAGCAAACGCUCCUGUGGAAAGGGGGCACAGUACCAUCACGAAUCUCCUGGCUAAGUGGACAGAGGGCAAGCCUGGUCAGUGGCCAAAGUUCCUACGGGCAGCUUUCUUCGUAGAGAAUGUUACUGUAAAGACUACCAAGUACGUGCCAGCCACACUAUGGUAUGGGAGGCACGCCACCUUUCCCAUAGAAAGCUUUAUGAAGACGUGGAGGCGCCAAGACUUGGAAGCGAACCUGUCCUUCGAAGAACUGCUCGAUAUUCGGGCGCGGCAAGUGGGGGCGGCCGAGGAAAGAUUGCGAGAGGCCGCUGGUCAAGUAGAGAGGAGUCGCAUGGAAGACAAGAUGAGGUGGGACCAGAUGGCGCGAGUAAGGAAGUCGUCGUUGGCAGUGGGGGACGUCGUGUUACUGUACGACUCCUCUCUGGAGAAGCAAUGGUCGAGGAAGCUCGACAAGAGAUGGAUGGGCCCCUAUAGGAUCUUGCGAUGUGGCGAAUUCGGGGCCUAUCCGAUCGAGGAGUUGGACGAGUCAGACUGGCAGGAUUGGGGAGCAUCAGGAGGGGAUGAAUCGCGCAGACCAUUUGAGAGGGAGUCUACGCCUGUCUUCGACGAUGAUAACAUAGAGAUCUUUCUGGACUCCUAUCAGGCACAUGCGGCACGGGAGGGCUGGUCUACUUUGGAGAGGAUACGGCACCUGAGGGGAGUUGGGCGUUUUGAGGAAGCCUAUUGCGCACAUCCGGGAGGAGGCUUUGACCUGGCAGGAUGUGGAGUCGAGGAUACAGGGGAUGAGGACUUCACCGCUGGGACCAGAUGGGCUGCCUAUCCGAUUGGAGGAAGGCAACGCGGAGGAGUUCAUCCCUUCCUACGAACAGUAUAUGCGCGACCAGGGGGCUGGGCUGGAGGAGUGGAUGCAGGCGUUGCCCCUCUGGACGCGGAUGGCGGAGAGGCCGAUGGCGAGACAGAUUCGAGACAGGGCACGCGAUUGGGAGGACUGCCAGUUUCAGUUGAGACAGGCAUUUCGACGACUGGAGCCCGAGAGACCAGAGCCCAGGGUGGAGAAACGACAGAGGAUGAUCUACGGGGCCCAUCGCCGACAUUACCAGAGGAGGGAGAGGUUGUGCCAUUGAGGACGCCGCUCGACAGUCUGGAGGUCCAUCUCGAUGCAUCCCAGUGGGGGGCAUCACAACUGGGAGCAGACCAGAGCGGACCGGCACGGUAUGAGCCAGUAGAGGAUGAGCCGGAGGAGGAGCCGCCUGAGCCGGGGCCUGAGGCAGGGCCUCGAGGACCCGAGGAGCCACAUACUGAGGGGGUUAUCAUGGUUGGGGAUGAUACCCCUCCCCCUGCCCCGAUUCCGGAGCAGGCGCGGCAGUAUUGGCCUGAAGGAAUUCCUGAGCCGGACAACGAGGAGAUGUUGGGGCCUCCAUCCGAAGCUACUACGCCACCUCCGACGCAGGUGGGGCCAGAGGAGGGCGAGAGGGCGAGGACACCUACCAUUAUGACACCACAACUAAUUGAGCCUACAAGUGAGCGCAUGGACGUGGAGGUGUUGACAUUUGGGCAGCCUCCGCCAGGGCCGCCGCCCUUAGAGGAGGGGACGAGUGAGAGAGACCCACUGCGAGGGGCCCAUGAGGCGCGGGCAAGGAGGCCAUCAGGGGAGACGAAAGAAGAGAAGCACGCGAGGGUGCGGGUACGCCUCGAGGGGCUAUACCAGGAGAAGAUUAGGAUGGAGGCCACAGGAGAAGCGCCGAAGCCACCGAUUGACCCUCCGACGAGCGAGCAGAGGAUUAGCGAGGCGGGAAGAGGUACAGGGCUCUUUGGCUGGGAAGAGACGACAGAGCCACCUCAGCAAGGAGGUAUGGGGAAGGUAUUCAUGGACCCAAUAGAGGUGGCAGCACGGCGGGAGGCCGAAGAGGGGAGGUUCAGCUUCAGGACACCCACGAAGUUGGCCUCGCAACAAGCUACCCCUAUGACAAUUGAGGUCCCUGAGGGCGAGCCGACACAAAGACCCCAACCUCCAGUGGGGGAAGGGGGCCCCAUGGAGGAGUCCCCUACGAUCCUUUUGGAGGUGCGGGAGGGCACCCUCACAGGGGCAGCAGCGUCCGCGGAGCCUGAGGCGAUGGAAGGGGAGGUAUCUCGUUUCGAUGAGUUAGUGGCGGCUGUGGAGUUGGAGAUGCCACCAGGAGGGUCUCAGGGACAGGAGGCCCCAGAGCGUGUGCCAGAGAUGGGGGAGCUGAGGACGAGGUUAGGCUCUUGGGCCACUGGGACUCACUCAGGAGAACACAUCUCAGUGCAGCAGCAGGAGGUUAUGGGCGGGUCAGCGACUGCCGUGAUUCCCCAACCUUCUGACCCGCAUAGGGACGAGGGGAUGACUGCGAUGGGAGGGGUCCGCGAGGGUAGGCCGCUGAGAUUGGACACUCCCUCGUACCGGCCCGAGGGGGGUGAGAUGCUAGCAGGGCCGAGUACCCAGAUGAUAGAGGCAAUGCCGGCAGAGUCAUGGAGUAUGCCCCAGAGCCACGAGAUGAGCAGGGAAACUAGCGAGACGCCGCCAUUGCCUGGGUCCCAGAAGAAGGAGAGGAGGUGUCGGGGGAGGCUAGAAGGACAGGGCGCAAGGCGUUGACGUGACAUGGCGGUAAGAGGGCCAAGGAGGCCGCCGGUUGGAUGGGGGUUGGCACCCGGAAACGGAACAGCGUGCGGGACGCAAGAGGAACGGGGAGCGGAGAUCGUCGUAAGGCAGAAGGACGUCAGGAGCGUCAAGGAAAGACGUGGUACAGGUGGGGCAGGAGUGUCGGGGACCACAUGGGAUCGAAGGACGGGGCGGUAUUGGCAGGACAAAGUGUCGGGGACCACGCGAGACCGAGGGACGGCAUGGUGCCAACAGGACGAAGUACCGGGAACCGCGUGAGACCGGGGGAAAGAUGUAAUGCAGGCGGGCCGAAGUGCCAGGGACCGCGUGGGCCUAGAUAAAAUAGCGGCACUAGC